AUGGAUCUUGACGUGGUUAACAUGUUUGUGAUCGCGGGCGGGACACUGGCCCUUCCGAUCCUGGCAUUUGUAGCCUCAUUUCUCCUGUGGCCUUCAGCCCUGAUAAGAAUCUAUUACUGGUACUGGCGGAGGACGCUGGGCAUGCAGGUCCGCUAUGUGCACCACGAAGACUAUCAGUUCUGCUACUCCUUCCGCGGCAGGCCCAGCCACAAACCUUCCGUCCUCAUGCUCCACGGGUUCUCUGCCCACAAAGACAUGUGGCUCAGCAUGGUCAAGUUCCUCCCGAAGAACCUGCACCUGGUCUGCGUGGACAUGCCAGGACAUGAGGGCACCACCCGCUCCUCACUGGAUGACCUGUCCAUAGAUGGGCAAGUCAAGAGGAUACACCAGUUUGUAGAAUGCCUCAAGCUGAACAAAAAGCCUUUCCACCUGGUGGGCACCUCCAUGGGCGGCCACGUGGCUGGGGUGUAUGCUGCUCACUACCCGUCAGACGUCUGCAGCCUGUCCCUCGUGUGCCCUGCUGGUCUGCAGUACUCAACUGAUAAUAAAUUUGUGCAACGGCUCAAGGAACUGCAGGAGUCGGCCGCCGUAGAGAAGAUCCCCUUGAUCCCGACCACCCCGGAGGAGAUGAGUGAGAUGCUGCAGCUCUGCUCCUACGUGCGCUUCAAGGUGCCCCAGCAGAUCCUGCAGGGCCUUGUCGACGUCCGCAUCCCUCACAACACCUUCUACCGAAAGCUGUUUUUGGAAAUCGUCAGUGAGAAGUCGAGAUACUCCCUCCAUCAGAACAUGGACAAGAUUAAGGUCCCUACGCAGAUCAUCUGGGGGAAACAAGACCAGGUGCUCGAUGUGUCCGGGGCAGACAUGUUGGCCAAGUCAAUCGCCAACUCCCAGGUGGAGCUCCUGGAAAACUGUGGCCACUCGGUGGUGAUGGAGAGGCCCAGGAAGACAGCCAAGCUCCUUGUCGACUUCUUAGCUUCUGUACACAACACAGACAGCAGCAAGAAGCUGGACUGA